AUGAUCUGUCAACGUUGUAUGAGACGCCUUGGACGGCCCAUUGCUCCCCCGAGAAUAUCCAACGUAUCAUGUCAGUUCUCUCAAAUCGCCCAUCAAAGAGCCCAAGCCGUCACGGCACAUUCCACAACAGCAACCAACCCACGACCAAACGACAAGCCCGCAGCGACUUCCAAAUCAGCCGCGCAGCCGUUCAGCACACCCGAGACGCCUUCACCACACAAUCUUGACCUCCCCAUCGAUACGAAACGCCAAAGCAAGGCACCGGUGAAGAUCCAAUCGAGCGUGCCGGCGGGCACUGUCUUAAAGGGAUUGAAUUUCAUGAAGAAUAAGGAGGAUCCUGUGGCAUUGGAUGAUAAGGAAUAUCCGGACUGGCUGUGGAGUGCUCUGGAGAAGAGCAAGCCCGAGGCAACAGAAGGAGGAGCAGAGGGAGAUUUGUUCUGUAAGUCAUUCACAUCCUCACACGGGACACCCAACCAGUUGCAAGAAUAGACAUACUGACUGAUAUCCUCUCUCAACUUUCCAGCGAAAUCCAAGAAACAGCGACGGAUAGCCGCCAAGGCAUUGCGAAAACAACAGCUUUUGAAUCCGGAAUCCCUGGCGCCGAAGGUGCCGCUGUAUGAGCAGACGAUUGACUUGCCGGCUGGAGAUGGGAGUGUGACGGGUGCAAAGGACGCGAGACAAGCGAGACAGGAAUUGACCAAGGCUAUGAGGGAGAAGCGGAGGAGUAAGAUCAAGGAGGCCAAUUUCUUGAAGGAGAUGAGUUAG